UUUGCUCCGGAUCUGGUUGGAGGUACACCAUUCUGCUAUUCGUGAGGCGAGAUUCCUGCUUCUCUGUAUUCCUUUCCCGCCAUUCUUGCGUUUGUAAUUGUCUGCCAGAGGCCAGGCUCGACUAUCUAUCCAAUGACAGUGCGUCCCAACCCUCUUCCCUACUUAUUGGUCAAAUUAGCAUGCCUAUAGGCACUUCUUGAAUCAAUGUGGGCCGUUAGCGCUGCAGUCGACAUACUGAUUUCGGCGUCUCUACUUGCGAUGUUGUGGACAAGAAGACACAAUGUGUUCAAAGACACGACUCAGAUACUCAAUCGCCUUUCCAUCCUUAUCGUCAAUACCGGGCUAUGGACAUCUCUCAUAACCGUUCUUACCUUGAUUGGUCUUCAAGUUGUCAUUCUGGAAGAGCAGGAUAUUUAUGCUGCUCUUUCAUUCAUUACAUGCCCCCUGUAUUGCAAUACUCUUCUCGCUAACCUGAACAUCCGCGAUUACAUCCGACAUGGGGGUCGGCCUCAAGACGCCACUACUAUCAGGACGGAGAGGGUUUCUUUCGUCCAGUUUGACUCUUUUAGGAGUUGUCAAACUUCGAAUCCCCUAGAAACAAAUGACCAGUGGGACCCCAGUAAAGUUGAGGUCAGUAACGUAAUAGCGUGAAAGCAUGGAUGCUAGUGAACCAUUGUGGUUAUACCAUUUAUGAUUCGUACCGUGGUGGAGCAUGCUUAUUUCAUAUCCAAAAUUCAAUUUCCUGCUGAUACCAGGCACAGUGGCGAGUUGAACGGAGUUCUGACGUCUUCUAUGCAAGUUUCACUGAAGGUCCCUUAACUACUUACUCUUAGCAUGUGAGGUGACU